UAAGAGCAACUUUAAAUACCUCACGAUUGACAGCUCCAGUGUGACACAGCAAGGUCCAUAGACGUGUAUGGGAACUCAUUACUGUAAAAGAAGGGUGUAUUGCCGUGGGAUUUUGGGUUCACUCUGCAUCAACAUCGGAGCUUCGAAUGCGUUCGACAGAGCCCAGCUCCCCUCCCCUGUGUGCAGUUUCAGCUGGCCACUGGACCUACCAGGCAACACCAAGGACUGGUAACUAUAAGAUCCAGCUGCAGAACCUCCUGGUGUGCAUGAAAGACAAGGAGACGCCGGCAUCCCACGGCAGAGGUUUAAUGAUGACUGAGCUGAGCAUAACGUCCCUGCUUCUGACAGAAACCAGCCCAGUCUAUAGGGAUAAUGGGACCGAUUGCCCAAUACACAGUUUCAUUGAUCUGAUCCUUGACGGGGUCACUGUCCUCAUCUGUCUCUUCGGGCUGGUGGGCAACGGGGUCGUCCUCUGGCUCCUCGGCUUCUUCAUUAAGAGGAAUCCCUUCACCAUCUACAUCCUCAACCUGGCCAUCGCAGACUUAAACUUCCUCCUCUGCCUGCUUGUUUACCUCAUACUUGGUACUGUGGAAUCUCUCUUCUGUUUCCACGAAUUUGGGCACUUUCUGAGGUUUUUUCACCUGCUGUUCCUGUUCGCCCACAAUGCCAGCCUGUACCUCCUGACGGCCAUCAGCGUUGAGAGGUGUCUGUCUGUCUGCUACCCCAUCUGGUGCCGAUGCCACCGCCCAAAUCACCUGUCUGCCCUUGUGUGCGCCCUGCUGUGGGCUCUCUCCUGCCUGGUAACCGGACUAAUGUCUUAUUUUUGUGUUUCUGAUGGAACGGAACACUGCCGGAUGUCACACAUAGCCAUGUAUGUUCUGGAUUUCCUGAUUUUUGCUCCCAUCAUGGUUCUGUCCAACCUGAUCCUGUUCAUCAAGGUCCGACGUAGCUCCCAACAACGUCAGCCUGGAAGGCUCUACAUUGUUAUCUUGCUCACCGUGCUCUUCUUCCUCAUCUUUGCUGUUCCCUUCAGUAUCCAGCGCUUUGGCCUGUAUUUUAAUUAUUUUAAUAUCCCCAUUGAGAUAUGUAAUGCACUGGCCUCUGUAAACAGCAGCAUUAACCCAGUCAUUUACUUUUUAGUUGGGAGCUACAGGAAGCGGCGGUUCAGGGGCUCUGUUAAGGUCGCACUCCAGAGGGUUUUUGAAGAGCAUGCAGAUUCCAGAGAGGCCUCCAGGACAGACACAAUGGAGAUGGCCAAUUAAAUCCCUACAGCACCCAGCCUCAGAGACCUUAUUGUGGAUGUGGAGCUCUAUUAAUUAGUAUGAAAAUUAGCAGCUUCCUACUUGUUUAAUUUUUCCAAAUAACAUAUUUGUGUGACACUUGGUUAUGAUGUUAUGUCUGUCUUGGAAAACUCAUCAGCAUGGACUCUGGGCCUAUCACAUAUAUUCUACACAUCCCCCAAGCUAUAGCUCCAGUGAAUGUAUAUGUAUGCAAUGGGGCAGUAAAUGAUUUCUGCUUCUGACUACAAACCCAUCUACUAGAAAGAGGGAUUGGAAAAAAGGCAUUUUGACAGGGUGGGCAUGAGAGGCAAUAACAUACUGACAGUAACAUAAAUGGCAACUUUAUUAUAUUUGCCCAAAGCAUAAGAACUAAAGAGAACGAGUUAUUCUAGCUAGAAAUACAUAUCAAUAUCUAUCUAAUUAAACAGCAUACACAUGGCCCAAUUCAGGAUUAAGUAUGAUCAUUAGAAAACUUAAAUAAGUCCAGAGGGACACAAAUAAAAGAGCAGUGAGUGAGGGAAAUGCAAUGGAUAGAGAUCACCCAAUAGCUAUAAGUAGGGCCCUACCAAAUUCACGGCUGUGAAAAACAUGUCACGGAUGGUGAAAUCUGGUCUUUUGUGUACGUUUACUCUAUACAAUACAGAUUUCAUGGGGGAGACCAGCAUUUCUCAAACCGGGGGUCCCAAACCAAACAGCGGUUCUGGGGGGUUGCAAGGCUGUUGUCGGGGGGUCGCAGUAUUGCCAUCUUUACUUCUGCAUUGCUUUCAAAGCUGGGGAGCUGGAAAGAAGUGGAUGCUGGAUGGCAGUACCACAUUAAGCAGCAGCGCAGAAGUCAAAGUGGCAAUUGCAUACCGUGACAACCUUAUUUCUGACAGUGGUGCUGCCUUCAGAGCUGGGCUCCCAGCCAGCGGCCGCAGAGCUUCCUGCAGCUGGGGGAGGUUCCUGAAGGUGGGUUUGGCACGGGAUCGGCACCUGCAAGGGAAGAGGAAGUCCCAUCCCUCACCAUGCUGGCCAGAACCAGCAACUGGAGCUUGGCGUAAGGUAGGAGCCCUCGGCCAGGGCACCUCCAGCCCUGCCCCUCCUCGGCUCCAGCCCAGCACCCCGGCACUCGGGAGUUAAAGGCGCUUUGGGAUGGCUGUGGUGGGGAACCAUGGAACCCCUCCCCCAACCACAAUAUCCUGGGCGGUCGCCCAUGUCGCCCACCCAUAAGGCCAGCCCUGCUCCUCCCCACCAGAGAGCACCCAGCCAGCAGCUGCUGCUCUCUGGCCACCUCGCUCUGAAGGCAGCGCCACCACCAGCAACAGCGCAGAAGCAAGGGUGACAAUAGCAUGAGCCCACUACAAUAGCUUUGUUACCUCCCCCAUAGCCUCCUUUUGGAUUGGGACCCCCAC